AUGGGUGUCCUUGAGAAGCUUUCCCGCAAGUCCGGUGUCAUCGUCGGUGAUGACGUCCUCCGUCUCUUCGAGUACGCUCAGGAGAAGGGCUUUGCUCUCCCCGCCAUUAACGUGACCUCCUCUUCCACCGUUGUCGCUGUCCUCGAGGCUGCCCGUGACCAGCAGUGCCCCGUUGUCCUGCAGGUCUCCCAGGGUGGUGCUGCCUACUUCGCUGGCAAGGGUGUCAGCAACGACGGCCAGAAGGCCUCUAUUGCCGGUGGUAUCGCCGCUGCUCACUACAUCCGCAGCAUUGCUCCCGCCUACGGCGUCCCCGUUGUCCUCCACACCGACCACUGCGCCAAGAAGCUCCUUCCCUGGCUCGACGGUCUCCUCGAUGAGGACGAGCGCUACUUCAAGCUCCACGGCGAGCCCCUCUUCUCCAGCCACAUGAUCGAUCUGUCCGAGGAGCCCGUUGAGGAGAACAUUGAGACCACCGCCAAGUACCUUAAGCGUGCUGCCCCCAUGAAGCAGUGGCUCGAGAUGGAAAUCGGUAUCACCGGUGGUGAGGAGGACGGUGUCAACAACGAGGACGUUGACAACAACUCCCUCUACACCCAGCCCGAGGACAUCCUCGCCAUCCACAACGCUCUCGCCCCCAUCAGCCCCUACUUCUCCAUUGCCGCUGGUUUCGGCAAUGUUCACGGUGUCUACAAGCCCGGCAACGUCCGUCUCCACCCCGAGCUCCUCGAGAAGCACCAGGCCUACGUCAAGGAGAAGACUGGCUCCAAGAAGGACAAGCCCGUUUUCUUCGUCUUCCACGGUGGCUCCGGUUCCUCCAAGGAGGAGUACAAGCAGGCCAUCAGCUACGGUGUUGUCAAGGUCAACCUCGACACCGAUAUGCAGUACGCCUACCUCACCGGUAUCCGUGACUACGUCCUGAACAAGAAGGACUACCUCAUGAGCACCGUCGGUAACCCCGAUGGCGAGGACAAGCCCAACAAGAAGUUCUUCGACCCCCGCGUCUGGGUCCGCGAGGGUGAGAAGACCAUGAGCAAGCGUGUCCAGGUCGCUCUGGAGGACUUCAACACUGCUGGUCAGCUGUAA